UUCUUAAGAAAAAGUUCGCCGCGCUCCAAGUCUCACAUUUACUUUGCGAGUGAAAAUUAUGCGAUAAUCGAUUCCCAAGAUGCGUUGUCGAUUUUUCAACUGCAAUGUUCAGCGGAUGGUAAAUUAUUUGAUGAGCAAGCUUUCCAACGUCCGGAAGCGGUCUGGUUCCGCGACGCUUGCGCCAAGCUCAGGAAGUGUUGAUUUCGCUGAACUUUUGAGGGAAUCUACCCCAAGAAGAUCGAACCGUUCUCUACCGCGUUGACUCUACCGGCUCUCCUUCGUUGUUUUAUCAUAGGUGACUUCACCUACAUAAUACCGCCGGAUUUCAACAUCGUCUAAUAUUUCCGGCGCCAAGUUCACUCAUUUGGGGUUAAGAAGUGAUAAUAAAUUACAACGCAAAGUCCAACACUGAAAAUCUGCAGCAGAUAUUUACCGAAGCAAUUUUUCACUAAUUGGAUAAAUGUUCACGUUCACAUUUCGCUGCUGCAUCGUUAGCAGUGUUUAGCAAUGAUCCGAACCCCAAAAACGCGUAUUGACUAAAAUUACCAAGGUAAAUAUCAACAACUGCAGUAAAUGUCGUCCGACAACAUUGAGACUAAGAAGGUCCAGCUGGAGGAGGUAAUUAAAUCAUUCAAGGAGAGCACCGAUGUACAUGAAAAAUGCAAGAGUCUAGCAUCCAUUCGGAGUAUAAUUGUCAAAUCCGAAUCUAUGGAGACCUUAUUGGAAGGGCAGUUGAAAAGAAUAUGCAAAGUAGCUACAGAUGCUUUUGCCAGCAAAGAUACGGCACUAUACAACGAGGCACGCCUUACUCUAACAGCUCUGCUCCGUUGCUACAGCAACCGCAAGCUGAAUAUUUUCAAGGAAUUAAUGAAGUCAAGUUUGGAUAGCAGGGUGAAAUUAUUCAAGCUACUCAAUGAAUUACCAGAUGAAAUGUUGCAAGCUUUAGCACAAGAUGAUCAUAUUGUAGAAUAUUUCUGGGCCUGCCAGAAUGUAUUGGACACAAUGGAAUGGCUGGCACCGGACAUUUCUACCGAUAGUACGAAAUUGGCACAGCUGAUAAAUCAUGAAACCUUGUCAGAAGACAUCCAAUUAGAAGAACAAAUGUCCAUUUGCAUACUGAAAAUGUUGUACAGAUUACAUCUGGUGGCAGUACCCUCAUAUUAUGCUGAAUGCGAGAAGUUUAACGCCUUUUUCGUAAGCACAGUGACAGCCCUUGCUUACAUGGGCAAUAAACGACAGAGAGCUUCAGCGAUAGACAUUCUUCAGCUUCCUGAUAUCGGGCAUCACAUACGCACCACCUCGCCUACGAUAUGGCAAAACUAUAAAUCGGCAUUGCAGAAUCUAUACUGCCAUAGAAUGGAUUUUCUCGUAACUACCUGCAACCCUGACUGGUCCGUACUUUGGGGCAUUAGCGUUCAGCUACUUGGGACUGAACUUCAUCGUGGGGCUGGCCUUAUCAACAACCUCCUCAGUGUCGAAGAAAAGGCAUUUAAAUCCGUUGACACAGUUGUUCGGAGGCAAGCUUUUGUCUCCUGGAAAUUGAUAGUGGACAAUUUUGCGCUCGAUGAAAAUGAGCUGGCGACAACUAGGCGGGUAAAACUCCUUUGUAUUCCAUUGAAUGCUAAAAAUAGUAAAACAGAGGCUAUGACGCUAACAAAACUCGAAGUUUGGUGGCAUCUGAUAAUUAAAUUGUACAAACAUAUUCAGAAGUUUGCCAAUCCGGUCCUAACUCAGUUCCUCAACUUCUGCUUUGGUCCCCUCGGCGAUACUCCACUGAUGUCCUCAAAAUUCAACGUGAUACCAUCACCGGGCAAAAGGUUUUCAAAAAGCAAGAUUGUCGGGGUUGAUGCUCUUCUUCAGCUCCUCACUCAGAAUCCGGAGAAUUUAAAUAAGCUCGAUUGCCCUCUGAAAGAACGAAUCACAGCAGCCUUAAGCUCUGAAGUAUUUCAAGAGUGUUUUAAACCGUUGAUACACAGCGUCGGAGAAGCAAUACUCUCUUUGGCAUCAGUGAGUCACGAGGAAUUGCAAACAAGGGAUGAAGUCAUUGCAAUUUUAUGGAGGAGUCUUUUAACUCAGGUCAAAAGUAUCAAAAUCGAACCUCCACAGGCUCUAAUAUAUAAGGAAAUUAUGCAUCUCGUGCUUGCAAUCAACGACCAUGUUGACUCCAAACCGGUCGUAAGAGAUUCAAUGCUGGAUGUAAUUUUACCAACACUAGACGAGUAUCCGACCAAUUAUGUAUUCCACUCCGAAGUUAUAAUUGGUCUUAUGUCCAUGGUAAUGAAGCCUGCGAUUCUCAUCAAGAUAGACAUGCAACAUCAAGACUUGAUCAAACGAAUUCUUUCACGUGAAACGAGGAUCGAUGCGCCCCGAACUUCCGUAUGGAACACGUUUGAUUUACUGAAAAAAAUCGUCAAGAAAUUCGUUUCCAUACAAUUCGACAGCAAGAUCGCAAAGGGUGUAUCCAUUUUAUGGUUGGUUCUGUGUGAAAUGUUGACCAAGUAUGUGACGGAUGGCGAGGAAGUGAACGAAGGUGACGCUGCGUCCCAUGAUUUUACCACCACUCAUAAUCUGUUGAAGUUUCCAUUCACCGAAAAUUUUGCUCCCGAAUUUUGGCAGCUGAAGAAGGCUGUUGUCACGUGGAAGUCUCUCUAUGCCAAAUUUAGUCUUCAAGCAAAUCUAGUUCCUACGGUAAAGCCAAAUGAAUUGGUAUGCUUUGCCAUUGACGUGAUACAGAAUGGUAUAAAAUCAGACGAAAGAUGCGCGGGUUUUGCCGUGCUGUGUUUGGAUGGGAUAUUGACGACCAUGAACUACAAUCACGUACUUGAUGAAAAUGGAUUCCUACCGAUAGUAACACUAAUAAAUCAUCUCUGCAUACUGAACUUACCCACCGAUAAAAGCAGAGAAGCAGAAGCUGCAUUGCGAGCGUUGUCUUCCGUGCUAAUUACGCUGUAUGGACACACUCCGACCAAAGUAGCGUCUUGUUUAGAAGCUGUCAGACCUGCGAUAGAACACAUGCUCAAACCCUAUAAAGAUGAGAGUCUGGCAAGCGAGAUUUCAAGUACCUGGGAAACGGUAAUAAGUAUCUUCAAGGGCUUGGGUCCUCUUUUGUCUCCGGAAGUGAUAAAAUCUUUCCGAACCGCGAUUAGUCUGGCCCUGCAACACAAUAAACCAGAAAUAGUAUCUCAGACACUCACUUGUUUAGAAAGUGCGGAGAAUCUGAAGGAAUCUACAAAAGAUUUGGUAGAGUCGUUUCUCAAAAAUGCUGAAAAUACAGAAACGAACAAAAAGAAUGGUUCUUCAACUUCUACAGACCAUCCGGAGAAUGGCGAGAAACAGAUGAAACAGCCGAAACUUGCAGGUAGCUUUCUUAACAGGAAAAAUUCCUGCCCCAGUCCGAAAACUGUUACGAAAGUCUCUACUGCAACAGAGAAAGCUAGAGACGACACGAAGUCGCCUUUUUUCCGAGACUCUGAAUCACAAGAGUACGUGAUGAUAAAAAGUAACUUCAAAUUUGACGCCAGCCGUCUGACGGAUCACCAAAAAGAAUCGCUGCGAAGAAGACGAGAGGAUAUACCUGCCCUUUACAAUGAUCUCUCCCAGUCCUGUUCUCAGGAUACGGAGAAUAUUCAAGAAUGGUUUGACAAAAAGAAGAACGAGAUCGAUAGGGUGAUGACCAGAAAUGCCCUGGAAUCCCAAAGUGUUCCGGUGGCAGAUGCGAACAAAGAGACUAAAGAGGAUCAGCGAUCUGAUACUUCUAAUUCACCAAAUGGCGAAAAACCUGAAGAGCAGAAGACUGAUACUGAGAAAAAGAAUGACCAAGAAGACGAAGAGGGGCCGACCUGCAAAGACCAAAAUCCUGUGACGGAUGGGCUUGCGUUGAAUAAUUUGGAGGCAACAAACUCUAUGGCUCAGGGAUUUGACGAUGAGUCACCUAAGCAGAACUCAUCAACGUCGCCUUCGACCUCGCGGAUUAGAGCGGCUGCCGAAGAGAAGAGCGGAAUAAAAACCAGACAAAAUAAGGAGACCGAAAGCGAGCGUGAUUCUGUGUCCACUACUGAUACCAAAAAACAGCACAGUGAGACUAAAAGGGGGGUGAAGAGAAAAGCGACGGUUUCGGACAGCGACAGUGACGGAAACGCAGUUAUUCCUACGAGAAGAAGAAUGAGAACUCUUCAUGGGAGCCAAGCGGAGGCGAUAAGUGACUCGGACAGCGUAAAGUCAGGUGAAAAUGAGGAGGCGCUAAAACAACUCAGUAAAAGGACCAAAAAUGAGAUGAGCAGACUUCGAAUCAACAUGGUGUUUGAUAUUAAUCAAUUUUCUACUCUUCCUAGUCGGAGACGUUCCAAGUUAUACCGAAAAGGCGAAAGUGUUUCCCCAAACAACAGUCAAGAGUCGACUGCUUCUGGUGAAACGACCAAGAAAAGAGUAUCGAGAAAUUCAUUACCAGAGUCGAGUAAUAAAACGAGUGGCAAAGUCUCGAGCAAAGACAAUAAAAAAGAAAAAGAGAAAGAAGAAGAGGAAGAGAAAGAAAAAGAUUCUAAAUUCGGAAAGCAACAACGUAAGAAAGCGAGAAACGCUGCUUCGGAACAAACAACUCUGGAAAAUAUACUUCCAGAAAUAACUUUGAGGCGAGUUAUCAGUCCAGAAAAAGGAAAGUCUGGACCAUCUGAGCCACUAAAAACAGGAAAAACAAAACCCUGUGACAAUGCUGACACUAAAGUAGGUAAGGAGGCUAUAAAACCUACUUCUAGAACUCCCAGUCCUGACCCAGUGGAGAGUAAAUCUCUGCAAUCCAAUUCCCAGAGUUCUGACGACUCGGAGGAGAUAGUUGAAAGCUCACAGGCUUCGAACACUAGUCCGACGCUCCUAGAAAAGAAGUUCAAUAAUAAACAGUGUUUCAUUAGGAUUAACAAAAUUCAGCCUGGGCGGACCGUUAAACCGGACAUUUAUAACGCAAAAACUAAAGACAAUACAGAUUCCGAGCAUGAUGGUUCUUCUAAAGUUUGCAAAAAAAAUAUUCUAGAUGCCGAAAACCCGUUGACAGAAGAUAAUGACGAACCUGAUCCCAAACAUAAUAUCAACAUCAAUGGAAAUGCAGGUCUUGAAGUUGGUGGAGAAGAGAAGGAGGUAGUAAAAUCGAAUGAAUCUAAUAUUCCUACUCCACAAGCGGUAGGAGAUGAAGCACCUCUCCAGGUAAAUUUUGCUUCACCGGAAACCUCAAAGGAAAGGCGGCUUGACUGGAUUUCUUCACCGAUCAAGCUCUCCACCACGGUUCUGAAUUCAAGUUCACCAAAAAAUGAUCUGAAACGAUUUUCCAAAUCAAAAUCCAUACCUGGGCAAGGUCGCGCAGCUCACAUGCUAGGUCUAGUAACUAAACAAGCGCUGGCGGAGAAGAGAUGCGAAAUUAACGAGGAGGAUAUAUCACCAAUUAAAAAACCACGAGGAAAAGAGACUGAGGAUGAAUUUCUGGGUGGAAAAAAAGAGCAGCGAGUAGGUUUACUAAAGGAGCCUGAGCGUCUCGGUAGUCCGAGUGGCAGCAGACAGGAAAAGAUCUUUAAUAAAAUGAAAACUCCGGACAUGGACGUGGACCAUAAUCCUUUUUCAAAUCUUAAAAAUGACGGAGAAAAAGUGUCUCCUCUGGGAAACCGUAACGCUGGAAAGGAACGUAACAUUUGGGAAACUACAGCCAGCUCUACGCAGAUUGAUAAAUCUGGCGAUAACAAUGGCGAAGAAAAUACUUCACCCCUCCAAGAAAGAGAGGCACUUCCUAUGCUUGAAUGGUCCAGCGCAAAUCCACCUUCACUUACCGCGUCACCGAGCGUUAGCAUUCUCAAACGACAACGUCAACCACCGGUCGAAAAUGAGCCAGAAAGCCCAUCCGUUGCGAGCAAGAGAAAACGUGUCAGCUUUGCCGAUCCACCGGUGUCUAAGGAAAUGGGGUAUGAAAUAACUGCAUCGACAACGCCACAUCGCAUGAACAAACUACCCAUAGCACGUAUGCUCUUACCUCGUAAAGACUCACCGGUUCGAUUAAAGCAAUCGAAAUUGAAGGCCUUCCAAACAACCCCUCAUGCCGGAAUGUCGGACAAAGAUAGCGACAUGGCAUUUGAUAAAUUCGAUGAAAGUGCGUCACAGGUUGAUCUGACUCCGAAUAACGAAUCGUCUAAAGUACCAAGUGACACCGAGAAUUCCGUUCUCUCAUUUACCGAAACUCAAAAUCGAUUGUCAAGUGCGACUGACAAUGGUGACCAGAUACCAGUAGCCCUGUCAUCUAAAGUUACGAUAGAUAAUCUGACAAUGGAAGUAGAAAUUGCGUCAGGGUCCAGAGAUUUAGUGUGCCAAGAUCCGGAUAUCAUUCUUAUAGAGGAGGUCAAUACCAACUGCCCUCCUAAAUCCGGUAAAAAGAAAAUUUGUGAGACUGAAACACAGCAGGAUAUUUUCGAAUUUGUUAAUACUACUGCGGUAGAUCAUGAUAAUGAAACCCUAAAAACGCCAAAGACCGAUUCACAAAGAGGCCCAAAAUCGGGGGCUAAAAAUUCACCGGACGAAACCAGCCUUAGAUGUGUCGAUAUAAAAAUUUUGACCACUCCCAUUAGCAAAGAAAAUAAGGACACGAAUAGCUCGAUCGACACCCUGGAAGAUACGGUAGACAUACGAAAUGGGACCAUACUUAACUCUACGACAAGUUCCAAUGAAAUGUCCUUCAGCAAACCAGAAAGGAUGAGCACCCAGACAUCGGAAUUCGAUACUCUCCCGGUUACAGAUUCAAUCUUCUCUAAUUUGCCAUUCAACAGCCAGAGCAGUCAGGCUAGCACCCAGGAUACAAUGGAAUUUGAUCAUCCAGAGUUGCUAGAUUCGACGAAAUCGAUUUACCCUUCGCUAACCGAUUCUAACGUUUCCAUUAAUUCUGUUAUUGGAUAUCUGGCAGAUCCAAUCUGGAAGCCACAUUUGACCACGUACUUGACCUCCAACGGUAUAGAAACUGUGGGCAAUUUGGCACAGCUUAGUGAACGCGAAAUCAAUCGGAUCCCCGUAAAACGCAGCCCUAAGGUACCAUUUGUUAAAAACGUCCUACAGCACUUUGAGAAGUCUAUUAUCAGCCUACCGUCAACUGGAUCUAUGGCGGACAUGUCUCACAGUAGCAUUACGACGACCCCUAAUGCUUCUAUGUGUUCUUUGUCACCCAUAAAUCCACCUGUUGCACAAUCUUCAUCCCUGUCGGGACAAAUAGUGGGAAAGUUUACCUCUGGGAAAAUCCCAAUCAACGAAUCUCCACCAACUAUCGCGAAAGAAACCAAAUCAACCGAGACGCAACUAUCAGUCGCAGAUUUACUGGAUCGUGUCGAUGCGUCAGUUUUACUCAAAAACGCCAUCACAAGAUCCUCUGCUGAGAACAUUCUCGCCAAUUACAAGAUGAAGAUGAGAUACAUGGCAGAUGAGGACCUGGAGCUUGAGACGAUAAAGAUGCUAGGCAUAGAACCGAAGCAUCAUGCUGACUCGCACUUGAAAUCGGCAUGUCGCGCUUCGGGUGCAUCAAAAGUUUUGGGUAGACUACCGGAUAUUUUCAGUCACGACAAGGCGUUCUUCACCAAAGUUCUCACGUGUUAUAGACGAAAAUUAAGUGUUUCGGAUUGGCUGGAUGGCCUAGAAUUUGAGGAAGUUAAAGCAGCUGUCUGUCAGAGGUGUACUUCCUCCGAUCUUGCAGAGAUGCUAUCAAAGAAAUUGAAAGAUGAAGAAGAAGCUGGUAUUACAACACCCAUGACAGAACUGUCGAGCCUACAAGCGAUGCUAAAACGGAUGCCAAAGGAUCUUGUGAUCAGCCACACCGUAGCGAACGAAGAAUUAAUUUCUCCAGCUAUCAUACUAGACAUUGCUCUACAAAACAAUAAUCCCUCCGAAGUAGCCUUUGCCCUUGAAGCACAACCGAUGGCAUUAAAAAAUCGUAUUUUUGGAGCUCUUUGUACUACUGAAGCGCUAAUCAACAAAAUAGGCGAAAGAGACUUUUCCGACAAAACCGCUACAGAGAUACUAAAGAUACUAGUAAAUAAGUUCGAAACCCCUAAACUCCUUGAUUUCUUCAAUGAAAUCUUGAAAAAAAAAUGGAAUGAAACGCGGUAUUGACCUAAGAUGUAAAAUUAUCCUUUCGUCAUUUUGUUAGUCUGACGACCAACGAUCUACUUUUAGAACCAACGUUUCAGCCGAAUUCAUAAAAAUAUUAUUGUUCGGUUUACAUUACCUUAUGUCAUUCUCCAGGCAUCCGACAGUUGAAUUCAAUACCAUUUAAUCGCAGUUCUUUUUUUCUAAAUCUUCUGGUUAGAUUCUCUUGACGUUCAUCUACUCAUAUUUCAUUGAGUUGAAAUUUUGUCUUUAUACUGACUUGUAGCAUGCGGGAAGGUACCCAUCUGUGCAACAUGCUCCGAGACGACCUAAUGACAAUGCGAUUGCAAAUUAAUUAAUUUUUUUCUACAAUCGCUACCUUUAUAGUUAUCAGCAUUGUAAAUACAUGCUAGUUUAUUAUAACUCACAAUCACUUAAGAGUAGUAUCAUAGAUAUGUAGUAUUGACCGCUGAUUUAUUAUUAAAUGAUCUAGCAAUUUAUUAUAAUUAUCGUUAUUAUAAUUAUAAUUAUUAUAAUUAUAAUUAUAAUUAUUUUUAUUAUUAUUUAAACCGUCACACUAUAAACAAAAUGAAGAUUAUUGCGAAUAACUUCAAAACAAAUACACCAUUUGUUCAUCGGAUACAUGGAUUUAAUCAAUCAACGACAAAGUGUCGCAGAGGUAAAGGAUAUCGGUGUAAACCACAUUAGGGACAGAUUAAAUCUCUUAGUACACAAAAGUCUGACAAUUAUUAUAUUAACAAUUAUUUGACAACCUUCACUGCGGCAAAAUAUUCUUAAAUUAAGAUAUCAUAAUCGCCUUUAUUUAUAUUUGGUAUUUUUCAUUAAAAUGUUAUGAUUAUUAUUAUUGUUAUCAUCUUGAAAGAAUUAGAGUAAUGAUGAUAACAAAACAAAGAUUAUGGUAGGACCUAUGAUGUUAAAUUUUAAAUAUUGUAGGUUUGUAAUUAGAUGGUAUGCUAAUGUAAUAAUUAUAUACUUUUUGCUGCCGCAACAAUAAAAAUUAUAUGAAUUUUUCUAAA